AUGCAAUUUUUUAAUGUUAUUCUAUUUUUAAACCUAAUAUUUAUUACACCUAUUUCUAUAUAUGGUCAUACAUUCGAGGAUAUUAUUAUUGAAAGACCAAUUAGAAGAAUUGAUGUCAGGGAACUCUUUGUUGAAUAUUAUAAUAAUGAAGCUCCUGUUAUUGGACAACCAACAAAUAUUAAACUACAACUAACAAUAUACGAUUUUCAGACACGCCAAUAUGAAAAUAGUAAAGAAGGGAUAAUAUUUAUUAAAAUUCACCAAUCAUGGAGUGAUCAUAGAUUCAAUUUUAAAGGCCGCGUAACAUCUUUACCUGAUUUAGAAGAAAGAAUUUGGAAACCUAAUAUAUGUGUAAUAAAUGCAUUUGAUGAUAAAUUAAUUUCUAAACAUGUUGAUAUUUUUGAAAAUUCAAUGGUAUCAUAUACAGAGCUUAAACGUCUUUCUAUUCCUGUUGUUAAUGGAAAUGUGACAAUUAAUUUUGAGGACAUACCAUUAACUGAAAAUGAAAUACAAAAUACAUUAUCUAUUUCAAAAGUUAUACUGAAACCAUCAGUAGCUAUGAAGAUAUCUUAUGAAGUGGAAGGCAAUAAUACUCAAAGUAUGGUAUCAUUAAUUUUAAAAAUUAAAUAA